GUGAGCCCUGCGAUUGGUCUGGGCCAUCUGCGCCUACAUCAGCGGACAUGCAUGUAGCGCAACCCAAAUGUCUCCCUUUCUUUUAGCCAACUUAACACCCAAUUGCCAUUUUCAGUCCCAACUCCCAAAUUCCUCCACCGUUGCCAAUCUCCCUCCUCUCUGGUUCUUCUGUUCAAGAUGGUAGUGCCCAGCAUCCUCUCCAGAGCUUCUUCUUCUUCUUCUUCUUCUUCCAUCUUCUCAAGAGCUGCUUUUCUCCUUUUCCAUCUGAGACGAAUGAGCAAUGUCCCCGAAAACUCGGUCUACGGCGGACCCAAGCCUCAGAACCCCAAUAAUCGAAUCACCGUCACCCACCUCAAACAGAAGCACCGUAAGGGCGAACCCAUAACCGUCGUCACCGCUUAUGACUAUCCAUCAGCCGUCCACCUCGACGAAGUCGGCAUUGACGUCUGUCUCGUCGGUGACUCCGCUUCCAUGGUCGUUCAUGGUCACGACACCACCCUCCCCAUCACCCUUGACGAGAUGCUCGUCCACUGUCGAGCCGUCGCUCGUGGUGCCAAACGUCCCCUCCUUGUCGGUGACCUCCCUUUUGGCACCUAUGAGUCAUGUCCUCAGCAGGCAGUAGAUACAGCCGUUAGAGUGCUCAAGGAAGGCGGCAUGGAUGCAAUUAAAUUGGAAGGAGGGGCUCCUUCCAGAAUUACAGCGGCGAAGGCCAUUGUUGAAGCCGGAAUUGCGGUUAUGGGCCACGUCGGGCUCACCCCUCAAGCAAUUAGUGUUCUUGGAGGGUUUAGGCCUCAAGGAAGAAAUGCUACCAGCGCUUUCAAGGUUGUGGAGACAGCACUUGCUUUGCAGGAGGCCGGAUGCUUCUCGGUUGUCCUGGAAUGUGUUCCAGCACCUGUUGCUGCGGCUACAACAUCUGCCCUCCAAAUUCCCACCAUUGGUAUUGGGGCUGGACCUUUCUGCAGUGGGCAAGUGCUAGUCUAUCAUGAUCUGUUAGGAAUGCUACAACAUCCUCAUCAUGCCAAAGUAACACCAAAGUUCUGUAAGCAAUAUGGGCGGGUGGGAGAUGUCAUCAAUAAAGCUCUUUCACAAUAUAAGGAAGAAGUGACCAACCUAUCUUUCCCUGGUGCUGCGCACUCUCCAUAUAAAAUUAAUACAACCGAUCUUAAUGGGUUAUUGAAUGAAUUACAGAAGUUGGGGUUGGAUGAAGCAGCAUCUGCGGCAGUUGCUGCAGCCCAGAAGACUGAGACAGUUGGGGCACCGGAGGGAGGGAACCUAGUUGACUGAGCACAAAUUAUAUCCAUACUUGUAGCUCCCCUUUCCCCAACCAGGCAACCAUAAUAGACAAACACACUCACACACAGCCUUAAUUGUAACAAGAGUCGUAAUUUUUGUGCAGUAUUAGCAUAUUGUUAGUUUAUUUGGUUUCCAUCUUAUUUUUAAUUGGGAUGUUUAAAGGACGGAAAUUACUACUAGUAACAACAGCUUUCCAUUA